CGUAGAACAAAGAUCGUGUUUAUCAGCGGUUCCACUGAAAUCGUGUAAUUUGUUUUGAAUGAUUCGGAGAAAGGAACAGUGUUGAAGAAUCAACGUGCACCUCUGAGGGGCUUCCCGGCCGCGUUCAAUUUUUCGUUUAAAAACCGACGUCCUUUCGUGAUUCUCAUCAGUUAUAGUUUUAACUACGAGCCAACGCGGUGUCCAGCAUUAUGAAAUCGCUCGGUUCUUCAGUAUUUACAGUGUACGUUCUCAUCUUAUUUGUUCAGGCUGAAAAUGUUUUCGGAUUGCCGAGUCUCUGGGCCAAUCUCAAAAAUGAAACUGCUGUUCCAAACAUCGUAAGCAGGAAAGACUGGCAAGCAAGGCUACCGAUUGAACGAGUGUCGCUGAAAGUGACACCAACACCUUACGUGGUUAUUCAUCACGGAGGCAUUGCUCGAUACUGUCACGAUCAAAAAGCAUGCUCCGCGAUCGUGAGAAGCUAUCAAAACCAUCAUAUGGAUGAUAACGGCUGGUUCGAUAUUGGUUACAACUUCAUCAUUGGCGAGGAUGGAAAUGUCUAUGAGGGUCGAGGUUGGAAUGAUGUUGGAGCGCAUGCACCUGGUUAUAACAGCCAGAGCAUUGGAAUAUGUAUCAUCGGUGACUUUAGUAAUUUCCUUCCUGAUGAAGCAGCUCUGAAAGCAGUGAACGCAUUGAUCAAUUACGGAGUAUCCAUUGGGAAAAUCAGCGAAAAUUACCGUGUCCUAGGACAUCGACAAGCCGUAAACACUCUCUGUCCAGGCACUGAACUGUACAAAUAUGUUCAAACGCUUCCACGAUGGACUAACAGUCCUACGCCUACUAUAAAUUGAGCAAUUUGUCGUUAAUCACACGAAUGAAAACACCGCAAACAAGAAGAGUGAAAUCUGAUAAUGCACUUUAUGAUAACAAUAUCUCUACAAGAAAUAUAAUUCUAAUCAAUGGGAUGCAGCGUAUAAAUACGUUUGAUUAUUUAUUGCAUUAAAGAACUUUACAGUGUUUACAUAGUUAUUAUGUUAUCAAAGAAAGAUGUAUGACAAUAAUAGUCACACUAUAAUAGUAUUUCGUUACUUGCGAUUUAUUUCUUCGUUCGACUUAAAUUAAUGAAGUCUCUAAGUAUUUAACUUGUACACUUAAAUAUAAGCGACUGCAAGGUAGAAUACGAAUAGCCCCAUUUAUUAAUUUAAAAUGCAUCUGUUAGAAAUAUGUUUAACGAUAACGUUUGAGCAAUGUACUUAAUUUAUUUCUGAUCUUGUAGUGUAGUACGAAAACGCUAAAAUAUAAUUUUGAGAAAACAUGAAUAUUCUGGUCAUCGCUUUGUAUAGAGUGAAAUAAUAAAUAAAUGCAGCAAAAUAAGUAUCAUGUAAUUUUUCGUAUUAACAUAAGAAAUAUAGUAUGAAUCUUCGAUAAAAUUUUAUAUCUUUCAUAUUUAUUAGUAUAACCUUUCUCUUGGAAAUCUCUCACGACAUAAUUCAUAUUGACGCAAGCAGGAAAAUGGACUUAAAAAAUAUAAAAAUAAGUAAAUUAUUGUAUUACUGUUACCCUUUAAAAAGAAAAUACUUAUCCGUUCCAUGAAGUUUUACUUCGUAACAUGUGAUCUAGGAUAUCAGAAGCUAGACUUUGAUUUCAAGAUUUAAUUGAGUUUUCUUUAAUUGAUAUUAAAACAACUUAACAACGUCACAAAGAAACGGUGAUUUGUAUUAAGAGAGAAAAGUAUUCGUAUUACAAUUUCUUACACUGUUGGCCCCAAAGAAAAAAGUUUCAGUUGAAAUGAUAAAUUAUUAUUUGAAUUGCACAAUGUCGUUGAAACGUCAACGAAACAAAAUCUAUAAGAAGUAUUGCACAACGUUCC